UAUGGUGUCACUAUACGGCGCAGGUUAACAUAUCCUUGGCUGCUGCACAUGCACGCCUUCGGAAUAUGGUGGAAGAGAGAGAUCAGUUUGAGGAGGCCAAUAACAAGAUUGUCGCACAUUUAAAGACAAGGGAAGAUGAGCUGUUAAAAUCCAUUUCCUCGUGUAAGGCAGAAUCAAAUGUUUUGAAUAUGUGGAUUAAUUUUCUGGAAGAUACGUGGAAUAUCCAAUGCCUACAUAGAGAAAAUAAGGAGAAGGAGGUCAACGAUGCGUUGGAAAAACAUGAAGGUUACUUUGUCAACUUGGCUAUUGAUCUUCUAUCUGCUUAUAAGAAAGAGUUGGAGCCGUCAAUCAGCCGUAUUGAAAAAUUUGUGGAGAAUUUAAAGANUAAUAAAUGGCUAUUGCAAAAAGAGGAAGCACUAAAUGUUCGUCUGACCAAAGCAACUGAAACUGGUGAAAAAGAGAAG